UAACAAAAGUGUUUUAUUUAUUUUUAUUUUUGUCGCAAAUCGUGUGUGGGUAGCGAAUAGUUUCCAUAAAACAAUUGAGAAAAUAAACGAACUAAAAAAAAGAAGAUACCAACGAAGCGAAUGUGUAAUCACAAUGCAAGCACACGAAAAACAAAGGCUAAAGGAAGUGGAGGAAAUUAUUUAUAAAAAAAAAAGCGAAACACACCUGUAUAAUUUAUAAAUAAAAAGAACAAAAUAAAAUCUAUAUCUAAUAAAGUAACUGUGAUAAAGAAAUUAAUUGCAUAACACGAGUCCAAGUAAAAUAACAAACACAUGUCGCACUCUUUGUCUGCGCCGUCAUUAAUGAAUACUUUUCAAAGUGAGAUUAGUUUAAAAAGUUCAGAUACAUGCAUUAAAUCACGUAUUGAAGAGUGUUUAUGGGCUCUUGAUUAUCCGGAAUUGCAAAAGGCCUGUUUUUUAGCACGUAUAUGCCAAGUAAAACCGCCGCUUCAUUGUCGUUUUUGUAAUGUGCUCAGUAUCUUGCAAUCAGGGCCAACUUGUGGAAUAACUGCUUUAAGUAUGUUAUUGAAUGGAUCGCCUACGAUCGCGGAACUAUUAGAAGACGCUCAACGAAAACAAUUUACUAACAACGGUGAAAUGUUCAGUGCACGCAAUUUGUUUCAAUUGAUUUGCGAUAAUUUGCCCUUUUGCAACGCGGUGACGAAUGCCAAUAAUAUAAAAGCUAAAUACAAUUGCAGUGAUCGCAAUUGUAAGAUCGAAUGCGAGAUGCAUGAAGGUCGUUUAAACUGUGCCAAGGUUAAGGAGACCAUUUGCCAGGGUGCCUGCAUUUUUGUACCUUACGAUACCGACUUUAAUCAUUCGCCAUGCUUGAAAUUUGGCCAUAAAUCUCAUUGGGCUUUAAUAAUUGGUUAUCUGAUCAACGAUAAUGAUGAGUUCUACGUUUUAGCUCGUCAUGGUAAAAGUAAAAAUCUUGCCGUUUGGUCUCUGCAGGCCUUAAGUGAUAGCAAUUCCAAUUUAAUGGAAUUCGCCCAACCCAACCGUUACUUAGAUUGUGAUUUCCUUUUACCACCUGGUGGUAUAGGCGGUGAUUUAGGUUUAAGAGAACGUGCCAUUAUUGUGAAAGGUUUGCCUCAUCAAAUUUUGACAAUACGUUAGUCAUGAUGAAACUAUACUUUUUGUUUUAAAAUGCCAUGAUAUGCCCGUAAAAAAUAUUUAUUGUCCUUUUAUGUUAGAUUAACCGAUUAUUGAUGCAACUUUUCCCUCUUAAGAAAGAUCGCUGGAUUGAUAUUUUGAUUGGUUUCAGUGCAAUUGAUGAAGUCUAUUAUAUGAUCGCUGCCGAUUCGUCCGUAUUUAAUGAAUUGAUACCAAUUAGCAACUGUUGAGAAAAGGAAAUACAUUUUUCUCCGCCAUAUUUCCCAGUCUUCCCAGCCACGUACAUGUAUUCCUUUAUCGUACAUGAAAUUUCUAUAUAGUGAAAAUCCAAAUUAAUGUAAAAAAUUGGUUUAUAUAGUUAACUGGCGAUCGACUUAAUUUUGAUUAGUUCUGUGAGAGAUAUUUGAAGUUUAUUUUUUUUUUAUUUAGUUACGCUGAUUGGGCAAAAACACAUUAUUAACCGGUGUAUUCGAUAAAUAAGGACAAUAUUUUGUUCCUUGAGUAUAUACAG